AUGGAAUCUUUUACUACUAAAGUACGAACUUUUGAUGCUUUUCCAAAGGUUGAUGCAGAACAUACUGUUAGAUCAUCGAGAGGUGGAUUUUCUACAUUAGUUACUAUUGUCUGUGGGUUAUUGAUACUUUGGGUAGAAAUAGGAGGAUUCCUUGGUGGAUAUGUAGAUCAUCAGUUUACAAUUGACGACAAAGUAAAAUCAGAUUUAUCACUUAAUAUCGAUAUGUUGGUUGCCAUGCCGUGUGAAUUUCUUCACACCAACGUCAUGGACAUCACCGACGACAGAUUCUUGGCCGGUGAAUUAUUGAACUUCGAAGGGACCAACUUCUUCUUGCCCCAACACUUUGAAAUAAAUAGCAAGAAUACCGAUCAUGAUACACCUGACUUGGACCAUGUCAUGCAAGAAACCUUGAGAGCUGAAUUCAGAGUAGCAGGUGCCCGUGUCAACGAAGGAGCACCAGCUUGUCAUAUUUUUGGCUCCAUACCAGUUAACCAAGUUAAAGGAGAUUUCCAUAUCACUGGAAAAGGUUUUGGGUAUAACGAUGGAAGACUGGUCGUUCCAUUCGAAGCGUUGAACUUCACGCAUGUCAUUUCGGAAUUUUCGUAUGGUGAUUUUUAUCCAUUCAUAAAUAACCCGUUAGACUUUACUGGUAAAGUUACGGAACAAAAGCUACAAGCGUACAAAUACUACUCUAAAGUUGUUCCUACUAUCUAUGAGAAAUUAGGCAUGAUAAUUGAUACAAACCAAUAUUCUUUGACCGAACAACACAAUGUAUAUAAAGUCAACCGUUUUAAUAAUGUCGAAGGUAUUCCAGGUAUUUUCUUCAAGUAUGAAUUUGAGCCUAUAAAAUUGAUCAUAUCCGAAAAGAGAAUUCCAUUUAUUCAGUUUGUGUCUAGGUUGGCUACCAUUAUCGGAGGUUUGCUCAUUGUAGCUGGAUACCUCUAUCGUUUAUACGAAAAAUUUCUCACGGUAUUAUUUGGUAAGAGGUAUACAGAAAGAGACACAGAAAAGUUGCGUGGUGGUUUGCUUGACAGGGAUUCUCCAAAAAUCAAAAAAGACUAUUGA